GGAACUUCUUCAGGAUGGAGAGCUACAUUUCCUGCCUUUGCUGGAUUCUUGGGAUCAUUUGAGACCCUCAUCCACAUUAUCUUUUUGACAAGGCAUAUCCUUUCUUCAGGAGAGGUUUUCUCCAUAUAGUACGCAUUGAACCUUGAACAGUGUUAAGUGGCACACCAGAAAUAUGGAGGAGGAGGACCUAAGUGAAAGAGGAUUGCCACAAAUUGCUUCAAUCAUGAAUAGAGUUAGAGACUUGAAAAACAAAUACAGAAAUGAAGACAAUAUCACAGAUGAACUUAACUGUACUAAAAUCUCAGCUGAUACAACAGAUAACUCUGGAACUUUUAAUCAAAUAAUGAUGACAACAAAUAAUCCAGAAGAUUGGCUGUGUUUUUUACUUAGGCUAGAGAAAAAGGGUAUUCCUCAGAUGGAUGUUAGCCUACUGAAUAGACUCAUUGGUCGUUACAGUCAAGCAGUGACUGCGUUACCUGCAGAAAAGCAUAGUCAAGAUGAGAGCUAUGCUCGCAUCCUUGUGAGAUUUGCUGAGUUGAAAGCUCUUCAAGAUCCAGAGGAGGCACGGGACCAAUUUCAUCUGGCCAGACUGAACUGCAAGAAAUUUGCUUUUGUGCAUGUGGCUUUUGCACAGUUUGAACUAUCACAAGGAAAUGUGAAGAAGUGUAAGCAGCUCCUUCAGAAAGCUGUGGAGUGCUCUGCUGUUCCACUAGAAAUGUUGGAAACUGCUCUACAAAACUUUCAUUCACAAAAAAAGCAAUUGCUUUCAGAUGAGGAGAAGGAGAACUUAGCAGGAUCAAGUACACAAGAGUCUGGGCUUCAGAGCAUAGUUGGAAAUUACAGAAGCAUAAAAAGGAAUGAUUCUGGUGAAAAUUCUUCUACUGUUACCAGACUUUUGCUUGGGGAGGAGAAGUCACAGGAACUUGAUGCUCUAGUUAAUUACCACAAUCCAUUAAGACCGCUAAACAAAUCUAACCAGGCCUGCCCCUUUGGGAGGGUUCCUGUUAAACUAGUAACUGAUGCUGGUGAUGAUGUGAAGACGAUGGAUGUCCCACUUACAGCUAGUCUUAUGAAGAGGCAAAUAUCCAGCUCCAAAUGUACAACCUUCAUUGCACCUUUUCCACCAUCAGAACCAAAAUCUAGUGGGGGUGAUUCAUAUGACCUGGGAGACUUACAGUACUUACAAGAAAAUUCUUUACAGUUGCAGAUGUUGGAUGAGAACAGGUUAGAAAUGGCUACCAAUUCAACUGUAACUCUCAAAACCAAAAUGGAUACAAGUCUUGCAAUGAAAAGAGAAGAAAAAGUCCAGCAUCAGAAGCCAAAGAUACCAGAGCCAAGGAGUCUGGAAAGUCAACAGCAACAAUCUAGUUCUGGUGAAAGCUAUAGAAAACAGUUGGAACAGAUUAAACUAAACUGUGUUAGCGCCAGAAAAAAAUGGCCAAUUCAAGAAGUAACACAGAAAAGCUGCUAUAGAGAGGGAAAACAGUCGAGCCUUGAACAAUGUGGUCAUCCUGUUUCAAGAGGUUUUUCACCACCAGAUGCUAUUUCUAAGAAAAAUGAUCCAUCACAUGUUUGUGGAACGCCAAGCACCACAUAUAAUGACUAUAUGGACUGUUUCAGAACGCCAGUUGUAAAGAACAACUUUCUAUCGGGAUGUCAAAUUUCUACUCCCUACAGCCAGCUCCCAUAUUUCCUACCACAUACUCCAGCAACUCCAUUUCAAAAUCAAGGUGGUUUGCAGGUUCCAGCUUCUAUACCUUCACAUGAAUGUCUUGCCAUCAAAGGAAGAGUUUAUACAAUAUUAAAGCAAAUAGGUAGUGGAGGCUCAAGUAAG